CCACAAGGAGCUAUUGGCCAGCUAGUCCCUCAAAUGGAGCUAAAGUAGAUGAUCCAGUGAUGGGCAUAUAUGUACAGCGAUGGGGAGACUCACAGAACACAACUGUUGGUGACAUACACAGGUACGACUAUUUUAGUACUUGUAAUGACGUUUCAACUUUCCCUCGGCCUCGAUUUGCGAGCGAGUUUGGUUUUCAGAGCUAUCCUUCAUUUUACUCGCUCUCAACGAUUUCAAAACCCGACGAUUGGAGCAAUGACUCACCAUUCUUUACUAGCCAUAGACAGCAUCAUCCUGACGGUAAUAAGCAAAUGCAGAACAUGAUGGCUAAAUUUUUUCAUCUACCAAACAAUACUGAUUCAGUUCAACAGUUUAAAGACUUCAUCUACUUAUCUCAAGUUGUUCAAGUUAUAUGCAUAGGAUCAGAGGCUGAGCAUUAUCACAGGUUACUGAGUGAAGCUGGGGCAUACACUCGUGGUACACUGUACUGGCAACUAAACGAUAUCUGGCAGGCCCAGACCUGGUCCUCUGUUGAAUAUGCUGGAAGAUGGAAGUUACUGCAUUAUGCAAUGAGGAGGAUUUAUUCUGAUGUCUCUGUCACUGCGUAUCAAUUGAAUGGCUCUAUUGCAGUUUAUGUCACUGUCGAUGAUCCACAGAUGACUGCUAAGUAUUCACUUUCAGUUGACAUCAUAUCUUGGGAUGGUAAAACAGUAUCUCAGAAGAGUAUGCCAAAUUUACAAUCUGAAGGAUUUACAGGAACACAAGUAGCUGAAUACAAGAUUAGUGAUAUAUUUCAAGGAAGCCUGACAGUAAAUGAUGCUUAUCUACAUAUUUGGAUAACUGAAGAUGGUUCGAAUACAAUCCUUUCUUCUACUCAUUUCUUUCCUGGAAACUUUACAAAAAUAAAUCUUCCUUCAGCUAAAAUAAUAGUCAGUAAUGUGACGUCAAUAUCAUCAAAUGAAGUAUCGUUUAGUCUUCAAUCUGAUGCAACUGCAGUUUAUGUGAUGUUGGACAGUGGAGCUUUGGAAGGAUAUUUCAGUGAUAAUGGAUUCUUAAUGACUCCAAAUACAGUCUACAGCAUGACUUUCACUUCCUGGUCUGACAUUUCAACUCAAGACUUUAGCAAGAACAUAGUAACAAGGUCACUGGUUGACACUUACUAGUUGCACUCAAUUGAACUUAAAACAUAAUUUGAUAAAAAACCAAAAUUAUUAUUAUUUCCUUUAUGCUGUGCUAUUAUUGCUGAGAUGUGGUGUGUGUGAUGUUGAUUUUGACAAA